GCGCGGGGCGGGAUCCCGCCCGGCACCAUCAAGUAGCCCCGGGAACGGCCGGCACCGCGGAGCGGUGGGCGGCCGCAGAGGCCGAGCGCUGCGCCGGUUCCCGCCGGACCUCGGCCAGUGCCCGCGCGGCCGCGUCCUGCGCAACGCUGCCCGCCUCGGCCCGCCAUGCGCCCCCCUACCCCGGCCGCGCUGGGGCUGCUGCUGCUGCUGCUGCUGCCGCCGCCGCCUGGUGAGACCGCCAAGAAGGCGACGCCCUGCAAGCGCUGCCGGGAGCUGGUGGACAAGUUCAACCAGGGAAUGGUGGACACCGCAAAGAAGAACUUUGGCGGCGGGAACACGGCUUGGGAGGAAAAGGCGCUAUCCAAGUAUGAAUUCAGCGAGGUCCGGCUGCUGGAGAUCAUGGAGAGCCUGUGUGGCAGCAGUGACUUCGACUGUCACAGCAUGCUGGAGGAGCAUGAGGAACGCCUGGAGGCCUGGUGGCUGAGGCUGAAGAAGGAGUAUCCUGACUUAUUUGAAUGGUUUUGUGUGAAAACCCUGGAAGUUUGCUGUUCGCCAGGAACGUACGGGCCAGACUGCCUUGCGUGCCAGGGCGGGUCCCAGAGGCCCUGCAGCGGGAACGGGCACUGCAGCGGGGACGGCAGCAGGCAGGGGGACGGGUCCUGCCAGUGCCACCCUGGGUACCAGGGGGCCACGUGCACCGACUGCGUGGAUGGCUACUUCAGCUCGCUGAGGAAUGAGACGCACAGCAUCUGCACAGCCUGUGACGAGUCGUGUAAGAUGUGCACGGGUCCCACCAACAGAGACUGCGGCCAGUGCCAAGCGGGCUGGGUGCGGGAGGACGGCGCCUGCGUGGACGUGGACGAGUGCGCGGCCGAGACGCCUCCGUGCGGCGACCAGCAGUACUGCGAGAACGUCAACGGCUCGUUCGUGUGCGAAGAAUGUGAUUCUACCUGUGUGGGCUGCACGGGGAAGGGUCCAGAACAGUGUAGAGAGUGCGUCCCGGGCUACACCAAGGAGAGCGGCCAGUGUGCAGACGUAGACGAGUGCUCGCUGGCGGAAAAAGUGUGCACGAGAGAAAGCGAGAACUGUUACAACACCCCUGGGAGCUACGUGUGCGUGUGUCCCGAGGGCUUCGAGGAGACGGAAACAGCCUGUGUGCGGACGCAGACCGCCGCGGACGGCCCAGCUGACAGCUCCUGGGUUAGGAGGUCACCACGGCUCCCGGGAGAUGUGGCUCUUCCCACGAGGCUCCUAGAAGUGCUGCGACAGCACGGAGUGGAAGGGACGCGUCUUCCCCAACGAGUAGGUUGUGCCGCAGAAUCCAGGAGCCCCCGGCCCCGAGCGGGGUAAAGCCCAGCGAGCACACAGCCUCGUAGGACACCCCGAGCACCAAGGACAGGAGCGCACCAGGCGCCAAGGGAGCGAGGACACAGCAGAGGACGGGACAGCAGCCACACGCCACCUCUGCCUCGGCGUGGCCUCCCCGCCCACGCCCCUCCCCAUCAUCCAUCCGGGCCCCCGUCCCGCCCAGCUGAUUCCGGAGCGCCUGGCCGCCCCCCCCUCGCUGUGGGGCCAGCGGGCCGCCACGUCCGGGAGGAGCCAGCGCCACCCCGUCGGGACGUUUGUGCCCGCGCUCCGCCCCAGCCCCGUGAAAACCUUGCGGCCUCAGCCUCGGGGCCCUCGUGCGGGGAUUUUACCAACUCUGUUUGUUUCCUGGCAGAAGUCCCAGAAGACCCAACGCAGCCGCCCGCGCGGGAAG